AAAGGCUCUUCCCACUUGGAGAAAAACCUUCAUAGACAGAAGAACAUCAAACAGCAGGAGCUACCAACUCAACUCCUGUGAAAGCCAACUGCACACAGCUCUUCCUAUCUUCUGCACUCCAAGCUACUUUCCAACUGGGAGCCCCGAAUUUGAGUACUUCUCAGAUCCGUUCAUGUUUUCGUGAUCGGAAGAGCAACGAUGAAGAUUGGGUUUUCUCUGGCAGUUGCUGCCUGUGCAGCACUGCUCUCUCUUCUUGUAGAGGCUCAAGUUGAUCCACCUUCAGCUUUAACUUUUAAAAUUCUUAGUGAAAGAAGUGUUCAAAUGACAUGGAAAGCACCACCGGGUAGAGUACAGGGCUACAAAAUUACAGUAAUGCCAUCAAAUGAUGAUCCAACAAAAGAAUUUAAUGCACCUGGUACAAGUACAAAAACAACAUUAACAGACCUUGUUCCUAAUGUGGACUAUGUUGUAACAUUGACAUCAUAUGACGGAUCAUCAGAAAGUCUGCCAAUUUUUGGACAGUUUACAUUACAACCAGGUAAUAUUACAAGGGAAGGAAUAAGAAGGACAGACUCCGAAGCUCAAAAGUGCUCCAUCAGUGCAGUUACGGAUUUAGCCUUCCUUGUAGAUGGCUCAUGGAGUGUGGGAAGGGCGAACUUUAAACAUAUUUUGAACUUUAUUGCUGCUCUUGUGUCCGCAUUUGACAUUGGUGAAGACAAGACCCGAGUAGCAGUUGUCCAGUACAGCUCAGACAGCAGGACCGAAUUCAACUUCAACCAGUACUAUAGAAAGAAUGAGCUCUUGGCCGCAAUAAACAAAAUGCCAUACAAGGGUGGAAACACCAUGACAGGUGAUGCUAUCCAGUUCUUGAUGCAAAAUACUUUAAUCGAGGAAUCUGGAGCCAGAAAAGGAUUCCCAAGCGUGGUGGUUAUCAUCACAGAUGGAAAGUCCCAGGAUCCUUUUGAAGAUGCUGCAAAGCAACUCCGAGAUUCAGGAGCAGAGGUUUUUGCUCUAGGAAUUAAAGGAGCAGAUGUACAGGAACUGGAAUUAAUGGCUUCCAAACCUUCCAACAAACAUGUUUAUAAUGUGGCAAACUUUGACAGGAUUAAGGAUGUUCAAAGGGAAAUCAUCAAUCAAGUAUGUGCUGGCGUAGAUGACCAGCUCAGCGAAAUUGUGAGCGGUGAGGAAGCUGUUGAACCUCCUGCUAGUGUCUGGGUUCAAGAAAUCUCUUCCAAAUCUAUGAAAAUUGUAUGGCAGCCAUCUCCUGGUCAAAUAACAGGCUACAGACUUCUGCUUUUUCCAUUGAUAGCAGGCGCUAAUCCUCAAGAAGUGAAUGUAAGCCCUCAGGUCACUACAGUUAAUGUAGGGAACCUUUCCCCAGACACAGAGUAUCAAAUCAGAGUAUAUGCAAUGAGAGGGUUGACUGCAAGCGAACCUGCCACCAAAAUGGAAAAAACACAGCCAGUCAAAGUCUCAGUAGAUUGUGAAUUGGGCAUGGAUGUACAAGCUGAUGUUGUCCUUUUGGUAGAUGGUUCCUAUAGUAUUGGCAUCUCCAACUUUGCCAAAGUGAGAGCAUUUUUGGAAGUGUUAGUUAAAACAUUUAAUGUCGGAGAAGAACAUGUGCAUAUUGCUCUCGUACAGUACAGUCGAGACCCAUAUACCGAAUUCACUUUGACAAAACACACCACGCUAGAUGGUGUACUUGAAGCUGUGCGCACAUUUCCCUACAGGGGAGGCUCAACUAACACAGGCAAAGCAAUGACUUAUGUGAAAGAAAAAGUUUUAAUUCCAGCAAAGGGAGCCAGACCCAAUGUUCCACGAGUCAUGAUUCUUAUUACCGAUGGAAAGUCAUCUGAUGCCUUUAAGGUCCCAGCUAUGAAUUUAAAAGAAUCAGGUGUUGAAAUUUUUGCUGUUGGUAUUAAGGAUGCAGUACGAUCAGAACUUGAGGCUAUUGCCACUCCUCCUGCAGAUACUCAUGUGUACACAGUAGAAGAUUUUGAUUCAUUCCAAAGGAUUUCCACUGAGCUUACUCAAACAAUUUGCCUUCGAAUCGAGCAUGAAUUAGGUGUCAUUAAAAAAAGAGCAUUCCUUCCUCCUCGGGAUCUACGUUUUUCAGAAGUGACAUCUGACAGUUUCCGUGUAAGCUGGGAUUCUGAUUCAGAUGACGUAUUGACGUAUCUUGUGAAGUACAGGGCUGCUGUUGGGGGAAUUGAACUUAGUAUUACAGUACCAGCUCCAACAACCUCUACAGUUCUUACAAACUUACUUCCUGAAACAACCUAUGCAGUCACUGUCACAUCUCAGUAUGAUGCUGGUGAGAGCUUUCCUUUGGAAGGAGAAGAAACAACUUUAGAAGUCAGAGGUGCCCCGAGGAAUUUGAGAGUGUCAGAAGAAACUACUGACAGCUUCCGAGUUGGCUGGUUAGCUGCUCCUGGAAAUGUACUGAGAUACAGGAUCACAUACAUUCCCAGAGAUGGAGGAGACAUGGAGGAAGUGACAGUAGCUGGGGACACCACUACUACAGUUCUACAAAAUCUUUCACCAAGCACUACAUACGAAGUCUCUGUGGCAGCGGAGUACCACAGUGGGAGUGGAGCUGCCCUGCGUGGACAAGGGACAACCCUAGAUGAGAGUGGUUCCCCUCGUGACUUGGUUACAAAAGACAUCACUGAUACCAGUAUUGGGGUAUCAUGGACAGCAGCCCCUGGAAAUGUCCAGAAUUACCGAGUAACAUGGAAAUCACUUUUUGAUGAUGAAUCCGGAGAAAAAAAUGUUGCAGGAUAUACAACAGACACUGUCUUAGAAGGUCUGACACCAGAAACCACAUAUGAAAUUUCAGUGCAUGCUGGUUAUAGAAGUGGUGAGGGAGAUCCACUUACAGGCGAAGCGACCACUGAUGCCACAGAAAAUGCCAAGAAAUUAAUAGUGAGUGAUGAGACUGAGUCCACAAUGAAAGUAACGUGGCAGCCAGCUCCUGGUAAUGUGCGGAAUUAUCGUCUUACAUAUCGUCCAACUGAGGGAGGAAGACCCAUAGCUGCCAAACUGCCCCCUACUGCUACAUCCACAGUAUUAAGAAAACUUACACCAAAGACAACUUAUGACAUAGCAGUUGUUCCAGUUUACAAAACUGGUGAUGGCAAAACAAGACAAGGCCAAGGGACAACAGCUUCUCCUUACAAAUCACCUAGAAACCUACAAACAUCAGAUGCCACAAUGCAUAGCUUUAGGGUAACAUGGGAUCCUUCUCCAGGAGAAGUUCUGGGUUAUAAAGUUACCUUCCAUCCCACUGGAGAGAUGAGGCAGCUGGGAGAAAUGCAAGUUGGUCCAUAUGACAAUACAGUUGUACUUGAAGAACUCAGAGCUGGAACAUCAUACAAAGUAAAUGUAUUUGGACUGUUUGAUGGAGGAGUGAGUAACCCCCUCAUUGGGCAAGAGAUGACCACCUAUGCUGAUGCUCCUGAAGUGCCUUUUAGGCCAUACAGUGGUCCAGAAUGUAUCACAACAGCUCCUGCAGAUAUUGUGCUUCUGGUAGAUGGUUCCUGGAGUAUUGGGCGACUGAAUUUCAAAUCUGUCCGAAAAUUCAUUGCUGAUAUUGUUGGAGUGUUUGAUAUUGGUCCUAGAAAAGUUCAGAUUGGUCUUGCACAGUACAGUGGAGAUCCAAGGACUGAGUGGCACUUGAAUGCACAUCGAACUAAACAGUCUUUAUUGGAUGCUGUUGGAAACUUACCAUAUAAAGGGGGCAAUACCUUAACAGGGUUGGCUUUAAAAUACAUCCUGCAGAACAAUUUCAAAACAGAGGUUGGUAUGAGACCAGAUGUCCACAAAAUUGGAGUGCUCAUCACUGACGGAAAGUCACAGGAUGACAUUGUAGCACCUUCAAGGAAUCUCCGAAAUGAAAACAUUGAGCUGUAUGCAAUUGGUAUUAAAAAUGCUGAUGAAAGUGAACUGCGAGAGAUUGCAACAGAUCCUGAUGAAGUUCAUAUGUACAAUGUCAAUGAUUUCUCCUUCCUGAGUCAUAUCGUUGAGAACCUCACUAUUAAUCUGUGCAACAGUGUAAAAAGUUCAGAAACUUUAAGUGCCCCUUUGAAUCUAAGAACAUCGGAAGUCACUCCAGGUUCAUUCAGAGUGAGCUGGACUGCUGCUGGUGACAAUGUGGAGAGAUACAGAGUUGAAUAUUCCACCAUUGCUGGCAGGCCUAAGGAGGUAUUUGUAGAUGGCUCUAUCACUACAACUGUUUUGACGGACUUGAAUCCUGAAACAGAGUAUUUGGUUAAUGUAUAUGCACUAUCAGGAGAUAAAACCAGUGAUCCGCUGAAAGGCUCAGAAACAACAUUGCCAAUUCCUACUGUUCGAAAUAUGAAUAUUUAUGAUGUUGGUACUCAUUCAAUGCAAGUGAAAUGGGAAGCUGCUAUCGGUGCCACUGGCUACAUGCUACUCUAUCAGCCUGUGAAUGCAGCAGGACCAUCAGAUCAAAAAGAGCUGCGAGUUGGGUCUGGUGUGACUAAUGUGAAGCUGGAAGAAUUGCUGCCCAAUACUGAGUACACAGUAACAGUUCAUGCAAUGUAUGGGGAUGCUGUCAGUGAUCCAUUAACCUCACAGGAUGUAACAUUGCCAUUAAGUGGAAUUAGAAACCUGAAGCUCACCGAAGUUACUCACAGCUCCAUGAGAGCCACCUGGGAUGCAGCUCCAGGGAAUGUUGUGAAGUACUUGGUCAACUACAAGCCAGUAGAUGAGCCUGAGUCCAGACAGCUUGAAGUGGAUGGAAGAACAACAACUACAGUGUUGAGAGAUCUCAUUUCACAAACUGAAUAUGAUGUAAAUGUUGUUGCAGUAUAUGACGAAGGACAAACAGACCCUGUUUCAGCUCAGGCAAACACUGGAGUUGUUCCAGCACCAGUCAAUCUUGAAUUUUCUGAUGUGAAACUUGACAGCUUCCGAGCUACUUGGGAACAUGGUGGACCUGAUGUAGCACUGUACAGAGUGACUUGGGUACCAGUUGGUGAAACUGAUAAGCAAGAGACUAUUCUAAAUGGUGAUGAGGAUACACUAGUCUUUGAGAACUUGACGCCAGAUACUCUGUAUGAAGUUGCAGUUACAGCUAUUUAUCCAGACGAAUCUGAAAGUGAAGAUCUUGUUGGUGCUGAGCGUACCUUGGCCCGAGUAAUUGUGACAACAGCCGCUCCAGUAGGUGGACCACGAAAUCUUCUAGUAUACAAUGCUACUUCAAGUUCACUGACUACAAAGUGGGAUCAUGCACCUGGAAGAGUACAGCGGUACAGAAUAACUUAUGAACCUGUAUCAGGAGAUACCCCACCAAUGACGACUUCUGUGCAAGGCAAGCAAAACAGUGUAAUACUACAGAAGCUUCAGCCUGAUACACCUUACUCAAUCGUAGUGUCAUCUAUUUACUCUGGAAACAGAGAAGGAGGACAGAUAGCUGGAAAAGGCAAAACAAAACCACUUGGCGGAGUUAAGAAUCUUCGAGUAUAUAAUCCAACAGUAAACACUCUGAGUGUACGGUGGGAUCCUGCUGAAGGCAAUGUUCUUAAUUAUAAAGUAUUUUAUGUCCCAACAAGUGGUGGACCAGAGGAAAUGGUGUCAGUACCAGGAAAUUCAUAUUCUACUGUUCUUAAGAAUCUUCAGCCAGACACUCCAUAUACUGUCACAGUUGUUCCAAACUUUAGUGAAGGGGAUGGCAAACGUCUUUCAGGAAAUGGAAGGACCUUGAUGCUAGGAUCACCAAGGAAUCUUCGAGUAUACAAUCCUACAACAAACAGUCUGACCACACAGUGGGAACAUGCUCCUGGACCGGUCAAACAGUACAGAGUCAGCUAUUCUCCAGUAUCUGGUACAAGUCCAGCUGAAUCUUUGAUGGUUCCAGGAAAUACCAACACAUUAGUCCUGCCACGUUUAAUAUCUGACACACCUUAUUCCGUCAAUGUAAUGGCACUAUAUGCAGAUGGGGAAGGAGGCACGAUCAGUGGUGAAGGAAGAACAUUGCCUCGCAGUGGUCCAAGGAACAUUAGAGUGUUUGGACCAACAACCAACAGCCUCAAUGUUGCCUGGGAUCAUGCUGAUGGACCAGUUCAGCAGUACCGGAUAAUCUAUGCCCCUACAACUGGGGAUCCUAUUGAAGAAACAACAGCUGUUCCCGGCAACAGAAAUACUGUGAUGCUACAAUCUCUCCAGUCAGAUACCCCCUACACGAUUACUGUGGUGGCCGUUUAUGACGAUGGAGAUGGAGGCCAGCUGACAGGAAAUGGCAAAACUCUUGGGCUAAUGGAGCCACGAAACCUACGUGUUUCAGAUGAAUGGUAUACUAGUUUCCGGGUUUCAUGGGAUCCUUCACCACUACCAGUCCUUGGGUAUAAACUUGUUUAUCAGCCCACAGAUGCUGAUGAGACAAUGGAGGUGUUUGUUGGUGAUACUACUACACACUUGCUACAGAACUUGAAUCCUGGUACCACCUAUGAUGUUAAAGUAUAUGCCACUUAUGACACUGGAAGCAGCGAUGCUCUAACUGGACAAGGAACAACAUUGUUCUUAAAUGUGACAGGACUUACAACUUAUGGAGUUGACUGGGACCGGUUCUGUAUCCAGUGGGUACCACACAGAGCUGCAACUUCCUACAGAGUAAAACUGAACCCGGUUGAUGCUACUAAGUUGGGACGACAAGAAGUUACAGUAAGCGGUGCAGAAUCUACUUACUGCUUCCGUGACCUGUCACCUGAUUCUGAGUAUGAUGCUACAGUAUUUACUCAAACACCCAAUCUUGAGGGCCCGGGAGUUACAGUGCGUGAACGUACAAGUCUUCGACCUACAGCAGCUCCAACAGAACCUCCUCCACCUCCACCACCUCCCACAAUACCAGCAGCAAUGGAGGUGUGCAAAGGUGCCAAAGCAGACCUCGUAUUCCUGAUUGAUGGAUCUUGGAGUAUUGGAGAUGACAAUUUUGCCAAAGUGCUGAAGUUUGUCUUCAGUAUGAUUGGAGCCUUUGACGAAGUCAGUCCACAUGGCAUGCAGGUUUCCUUUGUUCAGUUCAGUGACGGUGCUCAGUCUGAAUUUAAGCUGAAUACCUAUGGGGAUAAAGGUAAAGCUCUUGCUGCUCUUCAGCUGAUCCGCUACAGAGGAGGCAACACAAAAACAGGGAAGGCACUGAAAUUCUUAAGUGAAUUGGUAAUUAAACCAGACUACGGCUUGAGAAGGGGUGUUCCAAAACUAGUAGUUGUUGUAACAGAUGGACAGUCGCAAGAUGAAGUUAAAAAGUCUGCCUUUGACUUGCAUACAGCUGGUUUUAGCGUCUUUGCUGUAGGUGUUGCUGAUGUGGAUUACAAUGAGCUUAGAAAAAUUGGCAGCAAACCUAGUGAGCGUCAUGUCUUUGUUGUGCACGACUUUGAUGGUUUUGAGAAGAUUCAUGACCAGCUUGUCACGUUUAUUUGUGAGACAGCUACAUCAACUUGCCCUCUUAUUUAUCUGAAUGGAUAUACAACGCCUGGUUUCAGAAUGCUAGAAUCAUUUAACCUAACCGAGAAGAACUUUGCUUCCACACGUGGAGUAGCCCUUGAACCAGGAUCCUUCAACAGUUUUCCAUCAUACAGAAUCAGCAGAGAUGCAUACCUUACUCAACCAACCAAGGACAUACACCCAGAGGGACUGCCACCUACUUAUGCUAUCAUAAUGCUGUUCCGGCUACUUCCAGAUACUGCUAAUGAACCAUUUGCCAUUUGGCAGAUCACAGACAAAGACUACAAACCACAGACUGGAGUUCUUCUUGAUGCUAACAGCAAGAGUCUGUCAUUUUUCAACAAGGAUGCCAGAGGAGAGAUUCAAACUAUUUCAUUUAGUAACGAGGAAAUAAAGAAAUUAUUUUAUGGAAGCUUCCACAAGCUUCACAUCAUUGUAACUCCAUCAGUUGUCAAAGUACAUGUGGACUGCACUGAAGUUGCAGAGAAGCCAAUCAAAGAAGCUGGAAAUAUCACUACAGAUGGAUUUGAAGUGUUUGGAAAGCUUGUCAAAGACAAAAACAAAUCAUCAAGUUUCCAGAUCCAGAUGUUUGACAUUAUAUGCAGUUUAGGAUGGGCCAGUAAGGACAAGUGCUGUGAACUCCCUGCCCUGAGAGAUGAAGCUAAGUGCCCAGCUCUUCCUCAUGCUUGUACGUGUGCACAAGACAGUAUUGGACCACCAGGGCCUCCUGGUCCCCCAGGUGGUCCUGGUAGUAAAGGCAACAGAGGUGAACGUGGUGAUUUGGGACCACCUGGACCCAUGGGUAUGCGGGGUGAUCCAGGCCUGCCAGGUCCUCAAGGCCCACCAGGUCCUCAGGGGCCAAAUGGACUGUCUAUUCCAGGAGAACCAGGCCGACAAGGACCAAAGGGUGAGCCUGGUAGCCAAGGAAUUGCUGGCCGACCUGGACUUCCAGGCCCAGUAGGCCCAGGUGGCCCUCAAGGCCCAGGAGGAGAUCGGGGAUUCCCAGGUAAACCAGGGCCCACCGGACCACCAGGAUCACCAGGGCAAAUGGGUACCCCAGGAGCUCCAGGAGUGGCAGGUCCUCCUGGAAAACCAGGACAAGAAGGACAACCAGGAUCACCAGGGCCAGUUGGCAUAAGAGGAGAAAAAGGUGACAGGGGGGAUAUGGCUUCUCAGAACUUGAUGCGAUCAGUUGCCAGACAAGUCUGUGAACAGAUGAUUAACAGUCAGAUGUCUAGGUUUAACCAAAUGUUGAACCAAAUACCAAAUGACUACUAUUCAAACCGCAACACUAUUCCUGGACCACCAGGACCACCUGGACCUACUGGCAGCACUGGACCAAGAGGAGAACCUGGGGCAGGAGGUCGUCCAGGCUUCCCUGGGCCUCCUGGUAAUGAUGGACGGCCUGGUGAAAGAGGACCACCAGGAGAGAAAGGGGAAAGAGGAAAUCCAGGCAUUGGAUCAGAAGGACCAAGAGGAGUUCGAGGACCUCCUGGACCACCAGGGGAAUCAAGAACUGGUCCACCAGGCUCAAUGGGACCACCUGGAUCACCUGGUCGUCAAGGAAACCCAGGAACAAGAGGUCCUCCUGGUCCAACAGGGUACUGUGAUGCAUCCCAGUGUGCUAGUAUGUCUUACAAUGGUCCACAUUUCCCAGGUUCCGGCUAAUAAAUUUUCUAAAUCGCCACUGCUGCUUACAGUUUGAAUACAUGAAAGUCCUGUAUCUGAGAUAUUUGCGCACGUGCUUUUUAGGAGUUUGAGCCUGUAUGGAAAUUUCACCAUGGAAAUGAUUAAUGAACUAUCUUGGCAUCAUGAAAAGGGAGAUCUCUUAUACUAACAACACUUGCAGCUUCUAAAAGAGACAGGCGUCAGUGAUGCCACAAAAACCUUUUGCAUCUUGAACAAAACAAAACAGAAACAAAACACCAAAGCCUCAAUUAUGACUGAGGCUUGUAAAAGUACUAACCAAAUGGGAGCAUCAACAAGAAGAGAGAUUUAACUUGGUAAUCUAGAUGUGAUUUAUGUAAAUAAUAGACUAAUUGUGCCUCGUAAGUGAUUCAUGUAGGGUCACGCCCACUAACAGCAGUAACAUUCCCAAAACAUGCUUCUGCAGAGGCCUGCUGCUUGCUGUUUACUCACAUAGCAUGUUGUCAUUAAUCAUCUCUCACUACCAUUUUCUCAUGCUUCUCACAUCAUCUUCACAGCAUGUGCAUCCCGAUCACAUUCAUUUGCUGGGAAAUGCAUAAACAGUACUAAUACUUUCAUUACAUAUUUUUCUUCUGUUCACUGCCAUCAUGGGGGUUCCUCAUAUGCCAUUUGUACCUCAGUAUGUUAACAAGUUAUGCCACCAGCAACGACUGUCUAUAUCUGCUAGUGGCAAACACUUGUUCAUGUUGUCUUUGUUCUGCAGGAGACAUUUUGCAUCUGCAUACAAAUGGUUCUUCCUGACACAUCAGUUUGCUAAAUCAUUUUUAAUUCAUCACGUAGCUACUAAUUUACUGAUAUGCUAGUGUUAUCACUUAUGGGCUGAGACAGUGUUAAUUUUUUUUUUAUUGUUUGUACAAUUGCUGUAUUAUAAUUAUCUAAGACUGAUAAAGCUGUGCAAAUAAGUGCCUCACGGGCUAUAAGAAUCAAAACAUAUCAGACUGUGGAGAUUUGUACAUUCUUGAUAAACGUGUACAACUUAGCCAUAGAAAAUGUAAGUAUGCAUGUAGAUGCCGACAAUUUUGUAUGAAAAUAAUGACCUAUAAGACAACUAUUUUCAACCAGACUCAUACCAGCCAGGACCCUUCCCACCUGAAACUCCACCUUAUCAUCCCGAAGCUGAGCCAGUCAUAGUACCAAUCGGUGCAGAAAGGGAGGGAGAAGAGUUUGAGGACUACGGAACCGAAAUCCAGUCACCAGGAUUCUCUCGCAGCCUACGUG